GGAGAACCCUCUGUCAGCAGCUGGGUCGCACUCGAUACAGACACAAGUCUCCCCUACCGUAGGCAGCGACCGGAACGCGCACCCACGGAUAACAAGAGGGAUAGCUCACAAAAAUCACAUCACUUCUUUGCUAUACCUGCACCAGUGUGUUUCAAGCAAGCCCAUGAACUCUAUCUGAUCUCCUAGAAUCACAACGCACCUAGAUUUUCAACGAUGGGACAGACUCUCUCAGAACCCGUAACGGUCAAAGAAACCUCAUGCUGUGGGAACGAGAUGCUAAAGGUCGGAGCAUCAUGUCUCCAAGGCUGGCGAAUCAACAUGGAGGAUGCGCACACCCAUCUCCUGAGUCUUCCCGAUGACCAUGACGCGGCGUUUUUCGCAGUAUACGACGGCCACGGAGGCGCGAAAGUUGCUAAAUACGCUAGCUGCCAUGUGCAUAGAAAAAUCAUAGCACAACCGACUUAUCAAGGGGGAAAUUACGUGGAAGCUAUUCAACAAGCGUUCCUCGAAGUCGAUCAAGACAUGUUGAACGAUGACGUUAUGAAAGAAGAAUUAGCGGGUUCGACGGGAGUCGUUGUCCUCAUCAAGCGAGACGAUCCCAAAAUUUUGGGGAAUAUAUACUGCGGAAACAUAGGCGACUCACGAGCCGUAGCUUGUGUUGCCGGACGAACGGUCCCUCUGUCAUUCGACCACAAACCUUCGAAUAAAGAAGAAGCAAAGAGGAUAAAUGCCGCCGGAGGCUGGGUGGAUCUCAAUCGGGUCAAUGGGAACCUAGCUCUCUCUCGAGCAUUCGGCGAUUUCGUUUUUAAGAAAAACGAGAAGAAGCCAGCGCAUGAACAAAUCGUCACAGCUUUUCCUGACGUGACGGUAGAGCCGCUGACACCCGAUCACGAGUUCGUAGUCCUAGCUUGCGAUGGAAUUUGGGACGUGAUGUCCAACGAGGAAGUCGUCAGAUUCAUCCGCGUCAGGCUCGCUGAACGGAUGGAGCCAGAAAUCAUCUGCGAGGAGCUGAUGACGAGAUGCCUGGCUCCCGAUACCUCAAUGGGAGGUCUGGGCUGCGACAAUAUGACGGUAGUGCUAGUUUGCUUUCUCAAUGGACGGAGCUUCGACCACUUGGCCGCAAAGUGCUCCCGGCCCAUCCAAGAGCAGGCGGACUAUCCUCGAACCAUUGGUCUGCCCCUCCAGAAACAACAAACAGUCACCACUGUGACUCACACUGUAGCUCCGGCCGAGCCGCCGUCUCCCGAAGAUCACGAUUCUGUGCCGAACAGCCCGAUUUCCGAAGAGAUUGCCGAAUAUCCCGGCUACGCGGAGAGUGUCGUCGGAGGUUACGCCGAAAGUGCCUACACGUUCGAAUCCGAGAAGGUCGUACCGGUGCCAACGAUGGCUGUCGUUUCAGCGUCGGCUCAAACUCAAACCGGAGACAGCAGAGCGUCCAGUCGACCGGAUGAUCUCAAGUCGCCGACGGAAAGAACACUGACGGACAUGAGCGAGGCUCCCAGCGAAGCCGAACGCUCAUCGGCGUAGAAGUCGCCGGAAGUGUGACAGCUUUCGGUGUGGAUUACAGGAAUGUUUAUACAAGGAAAGCGCAUGAUCCCCUACUCAAUAGGAGACCCCAAGCAUCCCAGACACCUAGUCCGCUGGGAGUUCGUUUCCUCUGUGACUUCAGAUGUUCUCAUCGGUCACGUUAGGAUGGGGCGUCGUCGUGUCGCAUCGGCUGCCAGGCGGGGAGAUGCUCGCCGGUCCCGAAAUCCUCCACGAGCUUACGCUCGCUCUGGAACCGGCCAUCAUCUCCACCGCGUCCACCAUCACGAGCACGAAGUCGGGAGACACGGGAGGUCCUCGAGAGCGUUCCGUAGAGUACGUGAGCAUCGGCGUUGAUCAUCAUCACUUUGAUCACAACGAGAGAUAUGAAUCAUUAGCUUGCGAUAUGGGAUACAGUACACGGAGGCUUGAACGAGGCGCCGAAGGAAACCUAGCGCAGUGCUUAGAUUUAUUUCCAAGUCGGAGUACGACGGAGACUCGAGGAGUCAGCCAAAUAUAUUAUAGAAACCCCUUGGUGGCAUAACGAAAAUGUGGACGAAGCCUUGGAUAUGAAUAAAAAGCUUCGAGGUGGAAAG